UUUUUUACCAAUGGGAAGGAAGAAGAGAGGAGGUCUGAGAGGAAAUCAUGCGAAUUAUACGUUGAUUCCGAGUACUGUUGAAUAUUCUGCGAUGAAGCUUAGAGAAUUGGCUCAGGAAAAUGAAAAAUUGAAGAAUGCAAUGAGGGAUAGAGAGAAGGUAGAAGAAGGUUAUAAGAAUGUCAUUAGUCAAUAUAAAACUGCAUUAAAACAAAAGGAUCAUAACUUAGAAGUUUACAGGACUCAGCUGACCAAGCUGAGACAAGAGAAUUCUGAAAUGAAAGAUAUUUGUAUACAUAAUCAAAAUAAAGAAGAAGAUAUUACAAAGGCCUUACAAAAGGUAGAUGAGCUUAAAAAUGAACGAGACUCCCUUCAUGAAAAUCUUGAAGAGUAUAAGAAACAAAAGAAAGAACUUGAAGAACUGAACAAUUCCAUUAGAGACAAAUGUAAAGAAGAUAAAAACAAAUACAAAGCAAAGAAGAAAGAAAUCAUCAAGAAAUAUAAUGAAAAACUGGAAGAAGAAAAGAAAGAGCUUCUUGCUGAGAUAGAAGAAUACAAAGAGAAAAUUCAUAAACUUUCUUCAGAAGACUCACAAAAAAGAAUCUCAAAAUUAAAAGAAAGGAAUCAUAAAAUAAGAAAAGAAUUGGAUGAAGUCAUUCAAGAUUUCGAAAAACAAAAGGAGGAGUACUCUCAGCUGAAGAAGAAAUAUUCACAACUUGAAGAGAUGCUAGAACAAGCCCAACAAGAACCAGAAAUUACUCUUGAAGAGUACAAUGAUUUAGCUUUAAAGUAUAAAACAUUGAAGAAAGAUUACAAGAAACUGAAGAAUCUCGCCUCUCCAAGCCCAGUGAUCAAAGCAGAAGAUGAAGAAGCCAAAGAUUUUAACCACAAAGACCAAAAGAAGGCGAAGAAGAAUUCUAAGGUCGAGGAGAAUAAUGCUUAUGAAAUAGACAUCAGCAAGUAUAAGCUGGAUUAUCCAUCUGACGAUUCCAGAGGUUUUAACCAGGCAACAAAAAGCCAAGACUCAAUAACCCACCUAAGCAAAAGUAUCAACCUAAAAUUCCCAAAAGAAUCAAAAGAACCAAGAAAACCAAAACAAAACAUCAUCCAAAAACCCCCAACCCCCAACGCCCCAAAAGUCGCAAAGAAAGUUCGAAAACCCAAAAACCGACUAUAAAUUCCCUUCAAUCUCCCCAAAACCCUC